CAGUAGCAGCUAGAGCUGAACAGAGAACAAGGAAGCAACAUGUGCUGACCAUAAUAACUCCAACACAUCGGCACAGACAGAGGCACGCAACCGCGAGAACGAGAGACACAAGGAGCCGAGGGCACUCACCGACCGCUGGACACUUUUUCACACACCAUGAAAAGAGAGGUAAAGGCUGGAGUGGACUUCCUCAAACGCCUGGCUGUGGCACGUGGCAAGCUUGAUGAAGCCAAAGCAGAAUUGUUUUCUGAGAAGCUACAGAAGCUUUUAUGUGACAAAUAUGACGACCACUGGUACCCAGACUGCCCUAGUAAAGGCCAGGCAUACAGAUGUAUCCGGAUAAAUAACGGAGAACUCUGUGAAGUGGUCCUAAAGGCAUGUGAGGAGAGCGAGCUCACACCCAGUGAGAUAGGCCUUCCGUCUGAGAUCACACUGUGGAUUGACCCACUGGAGGUGUGUGCAAGAGCUGGAGAGAACAGCAGGCCCUUCACAAUAGCCUGUUUUGAAGAGGAAGACGAGGAGGGAGAGAAGGGAGAACAGGAUGACUCCUCUGUGGAAUUGGUAAACCUGGACACAUCAGAUUACCACUCUGCUACCUCUUCGGAUUGUGGUUCCACUGCAUCGAGUGACACAGAGGAGGAGGCAAAAGAUGGCGAGAAGGAGGUCGUCAAGAAGGAAGAGGCAGAAGGCGACACCUACACCAUAGCAAUGGUGCCCAGGAUUCGGAAGCGGAACAGAGAAGGACCAAAUAAGGUCAAAUACGUCAGAAAUAUGAUCCCCACUAGCCUCCAGUACUUCUACCACCCUGCACCAGUUUGGCAUCAGUACAAGAAGGGCGCUCCAGUGUUUCUGAACACAGUGUGCGUGCCUCCUGCACCGCCGCCUCCGCCCCAGCAGGUUUUUGGCUACUAUAUCUUACCGCAGCCAUCUCCGCAGUUCAUUGUGCCUCAGGCCACUCUGCAGCCGUGGGGAGCUGUAAAGGGCUAGACCGUCCAGGAUGUUUUGGGUAAAGGUGGAUAGAGCGUUCCAAGCUCCUUUUAACUGAGCCAUGUCGUGUCAGGUCUCUGAGUUCAGCUAAACUUGGGCCAAAAAAGAACAUUUUAACUGUAACUGAAAGUUAUUUCUUGUAAAACCUCUAAUAAUUCCUCUUUCCUUUUCUUUUCCGAUGACUUGUAAUUGAUGGCUUGUACACUGGACUUCAGUGAAAACAGUCUUCUUUUUAUAUAUCUGUUAGGUCUGCACUGCUAUUUUUUUCAUGUACUGUACACGUGAAGAAUGACGCCAGUCACUGGGUGCUAGGAGUAACUCAGGAACUCACAGCAAUAUUCUUAAUGCCAAAUACUUGUCUUUUCAGGUGUUAUAUUUGUUAUUAUGUCAGUUCUCUCACCAAAUGUGGUUCACAGUGUAUAUGCCACAGUUAAUCAAUGUAAAAUGUGAUUCAGGGUUUUAAUCUAUUGUAGCUAGAGUGACAAUAUCUGUAUAUUAAGAAUAUUUUUACUAAACUGCUUGUAAAUAAUACAGAACUUAGAUACAAUAGACGGACGCACACUUUCUAACCUCACUAUCUUAUUGUAAUUUAUUUGGCCACCACUGGAUGGCACUCAACUCACAGCUAAUACAUGAAAUUGUAUAUUUUUUUAUUAACAGUGGCUGUUGUAUAUUUGAAAUAUAGCUUCACAGAACACAAAUGGGGUUUUUAAUGGCUUAAACUAUCUCUGAUGUCAGUAGAAUGUAUAAUGUUCCUUAUUCUGUCUGCUUAAAGCUAUAGGUUUUUACAGUUUUCAUUGUAAAUAACUUUCCUUGCUAUAAAAAUAUGCUAGCGCUAUAUCCUGAAUACUCUCACUCACUGAUCUUUAUGUAGGCUACUGUGAUUAUCUGAUCAUUUUGAUGCAUAUUUAUUUAAUGUCCACGCAGCUUUGAAGCUCAUCUGUGUGCUUUAGACAUUAAUUUGCUUUCACCUUUGCAUCAACUGUUUACCUUCUUAUUGCAGCUGAUUAAAUAAACUCACAUCUGAUAUUAUAAA